AUGGCAACUCGGUAUCGGUGUCUAGAGGGAAUGCUGUUCUGCUCAACGGGGCUGCCUGCAAACCAACUCAGAGAUGAUAUGAUUGAUAGGAUUGUAAAAAUGGGCGGUCAAUACAAUGCUGCUUUCACGUCAGACACAUCACAUCUCAUCGCUUUAUCUACCGUAUCUCCAAAGUACAAGUAUGCUGCAAAACUGGAGAAACCUGUUGUAAAGCCAGAAUGGAUUGAAGUGUGCUGGAAUCAAUGUCGCUCAAGUCCUUCCUUUGAUGCGCUGAGUAUCAUGGACGAAUAUCGACUCCCUCCAUUUGGAGGUCUAGUUAUAUGUGUCACGGGCUUCACGGGUGUAGCUCAACGUUCCGAUAUCAAGAAGCUCAUUGAGGACAAUGGAGGCGUAUUCAGUGCUGAUCUGCUCAAGACUUGCACACAUCUCGUUGCCAGUGCUCCCACUGGCAAAAAGUAUGACUUUGCUGUGAGGUGGAAGCUUAUGAUUGUGUCUCUUGUGUGGCUGGAAGAGUCUGUCCAAAAGAAGGCACGGUUGGAGGAAUUAGAGUAUCCAGUCGUGGAUGAUCCACAAGAGCAACCAGGCGAUGCCAGUUCUGCAGCUGAAACGACAAGCUUACUGUCAGCAGCUCGUCCUGGGCCCCUAUUUGAUCGAUGCAACAUUUACUUUGGAGAAGGUCUUGCCACGAAUCAACUAGCACAUUGUCGAAAAACUGUUCGAGACUAUGGCGGUGCUACUGCUAAACUUGUAGAUGGUUUGGUUACUCAUAUCGUUGUUGGAAUCACUGCCUUGAAUGACGGUACCUUGGAUUUGAUCAAAUCCCGGCCAAUACCCAUAGUAUCAGACAAGUGGUUACAGUCUUGUGUCGAUGCGAAAGCACUAGUCGAUAUCGAACCAUUCGUUGUAAAGCCAGUCGAUGUAGCAAAUCCGAAACCCAUUCCGCACGAGCCUAUACCGAAAAGGAUUGAACCUGUCGCUGUCACCAAAGUUAAGGUGCAGAUUCGUAGUGAUCGACGCCGAUCAUCGUCAUUAAACAUUGAUGGAAUAUAUCCCAGUGUUGAGCCAAUCGUGGGCUUUGAUAUAAGCAACCCUCUCGGUGUUGUUUCGAUACCAAACAAGGAGAAUGUGGCUGUUUCAAAACCGAUAGAGAUAAAGCCAAUAGAAGCAGGCAAAAAGGUCAUUGAUGUCCAUUUUAGUGAUGAUGUCAACAUGGUCGAUGCAGGUGACAAUCCAGCUCCAUCGACCAUCAUAGCACCUCCACCUAUUGUUAAUAAUGUAGCUGGUGCUGCUACUUUGCCGACUGACUUGUUUGAAAAGCCAGCUGAUGAAGUCAUGAGUACUUGUGUUCCUGGAACGAUGAUUGCAGAUACGAUUAUGAGUACCGCUGUCUUGGAGAGUCUGCUCAAGGGAUACGCUUUUGCAUGUGAAGGGUUUUCAAACGCCGAGGAGGUUCAAAGGGCUAUUGAAGCCGAGAUUGUGAGAAAGGGUGGUGUACUAGUUAAGUCGAGAGCGUGGCCACCUACUAGUAACUCAAGGACUCGCUUUGUGGUUGUUCCAUUAUCAAUACAUGGACUGAAUCUACCACCCCCAGUUGAUUGUUAUUUCGUUACUGAAAUGUGGUUGGAUCAAUGGUGUUCGGAUCAACGUCUUCCACUUCUGAGUGCUUGUAAGAUAUUUCAACCGACCUUAGCUCCAUUUCCAAUACCUGGAUUUUCAAACGCAUGCAUAUCUGUAACAGGCUUUAACGACCAUGAACGAUACCUGCUUGAUGUCGUCACAACGAAGAUUGGUGCCACCUUUACGCUCAAGUUCUCAAAGAAGAAUACUCAUCUCCUGUACAAACCCGAUGGCGAUGGAAACUCUGCCAAACUUGAAAAGGCCCGUGGAUGGAAGAUUCCAAUUUUGAAUCCUGAUUGGCUCUAUGAUGCUGUUCCAUUGGGUGCGAUGCCUGAUAUACAGCCAUACCUUCUAAAGCCGCUUGAACCUCCAGAAUUCAAGCCAAGAUUUGAUACUUCAGAUGCUAUGACUGCCUUGUUAUCACCUACAGGAGCCAAAGACUCGUUAGUAUCAGCGGGCUCUCCAUUAGAAUCAGCAUUCGCUUCUGGUAUACUAAAGGCAAAAGAGAAUACAUCGAAAAUGUCUAUAGAACCCAUCAGUGCAGUCAAAGAGGAGCCUUUCAUUCAACCGCCAGAAGUUCCAGUUCCAAUACCAUCGUCAAGUCAGUUAUCGCAAGUUUUGGCUGAUGGUGUCGUUGUUUGUGUUAGUCAAAAGCUGCUGCAUCGUCGUAGUGAACUAUAUCGGAUAUGUAAUCAAUUGGGUGCCACGACCAUCCCUUCCUAUUCAGACCAAUGUACUCAUUAUGUACAUCAAGGAAAUCGACAAAAUGAAACCACCAAGGAUUUCAAGUCUGCAAAGCUGAAGAACAAGUUUAUUGUGUCUCCCUUUUGGCUUGAAAAGUGCUUCGAAACUGGCAUCAGACAAUCCGAGUCUGACUUUCCUCACACAUAUAAUCCUGUCAAGGCUCUCACACCAGCAGCAAAGGACUUUAAAACCAUCGAAAUUGACAUGGGCGAUGAUCCGUCUUCGGUUGGCAAUGAUGCCCCUGAACCAAUCAUACCGUAUAAUAUAAGUAUCAAUCGAGACCCAAGCAUCGUCAUCGGUAAGCCCCCAGUAUUCAGGCCCCAGAUUGCAGACGAACCGUCACCCAACAACUCGCCCACUAAUACGAAAAGUGGCGUGUCUCCUGUUUUACCAGAAGAAUCGCAGAGCUCUCAAGUGUCAUCAGCUGCAGCAGCCAAGGUCGACGAGCUGUUUAAUGUAAAGAUUGAUAAAAGGCGGCGUCCUAGACCUUUAAUAUCUGCUGGUCGAAAGCCAUCACUACUUGAAUCACCCAUGGAUAUCGAUAUAAUGCCAUCCCAAAUGCCCGUCGCCCAUAGUAUUGAUGCUGGAUUUGUGGCAUAUGAAGAUACAGAAGGUAUCAAGGAGAAGAGGAAGCUGAUUGAGCAAUUCCAAACUCGUAAACGUGGAAGAAUGUCGUCAGAAGAACCUGGUAGUGAUGCUGGUAGUCUUAUGAGUGAAGGAGUUGUUGAGACUGUUGGUCUGUCAAGCAAUCUAGGAGGUUUAUUCAGACAACAUGGAAGGCAUAGUAGACUGUCAGAACCACCCAUAGAUGGAAACAAUCGUCCAGCAGAUGCAGUUUCGUCGGUCAAGUCGGCUGGUAUUGCAUCCAUAUCGGCCACUGAACUUGGUGAUGCUAGUAGUCAUACUGCCAAGACCAUGUCGAUUACUUCUGCUGUUGCUGGUACGACUGCGAAGACGACGACGACUACUACUGUUAGCAACAAUCAGCCAAAGAUUUUGAUGUCUGGAAUUCAGAAUCCAAAUCGAGAAAAGUACACUAAAAUGAUUACUCGAUUGGGUGGUAUUGCAUUAAAGUCAGAAGCAUGGGUUCAGGAAUGUACUCAUCUCGUAGUAGUAAACACAAACAAGACAGAAAAGUAUAUUGCAGCGUGUGCAUCCGGUAGUUGGAUUCUUAAGCCGUCUUAUUUGGAAGCUUGUGAAGCUGAAGGUCGACUAGUAGAACCUGACCCUCACGAGUACUUGCCUCCAGUUGGCUCGAAUUCGUCUGGUGUAGGUGCUGGAUUUCGGUGGCGUAAGCAUCUUGGUAAUUAUCUUAAUCUGGCCGCACCGCGGAAUGGUGCAUUCCAGACUUGGAAUGUUUUGCUGGUUGCUACACCGGAAAAGGCAGAUCCGUUGGCUAGGAUUAUAAGAGCUGGAGGUGGAAUUGCGACUAUUGGUAAAGCACCUUUUAAUACUAUGGAGCAGCAGAAUUACACACAUUGCAUUAUAGAUGAGCGGCCAGGCGUCAAGUAUCCAGAUCCUAAGGUGCUUGCGACUAAAGCGCAACGUAGCGCAUCACCCACCAAAUCCAACGCACAGCAUCGUAGAGGAUCAAAUCCAUCUAAUAGUACUUCGCAGUCAAAUCUAUUAUCAAGAAAUGAGCUGAGAAAUCAAAAUGAAUCUUCCAAUGAAGGACAACAAGGCACUACUAUUUUGUUCAGUGCUUGUAAAGGUGAAUUGUUCACCUUGACGAAUGGAUUCAAGUCCUUACAGAAACGAUUGAGAACAUCAUUUAAAGUUGUAACGCUGAAGGACGGCAUAACGGAAUCGAAACUGGGUGGAUCAUCGCUCGUUGUAUUUGGAGCUCCAAGAGAUAAAUUCUCUUCUGCUGAGUUUGGAGCACUUAAAUCAUACGUGGAUGGUGGUGGAUCUGUAUUAUAUCUCGCUACUGAAGGCGGUGAAUCGCAACUGGUGUUCCCACGACUGACAUUCCAUAAUUCAGAUUCCGUCAUUCGAACAAUGUACUACAAGUACUACCACCCUAAAGAAGUCUUGAUAACGAAUGGCGUGCUGAAUCGAGAAUUGAAUCGAGCGGCAGGGAAACGAGUUGGAUCUGCUGGUGGUGGUGCGGGACGUCACAAUGAUGCUGUGUUUCAUGAUAAGGAGAAUCCGUCAUCUCUCUCAUUCGUGUUUCCAUUCGGAGCGACUCUGAAUGUGCAGACACCAUCUGUGCCGAUAUUGUCAUCAUCUGCGGUUUCAUAUCCAGUGAAUAGACCGAUAGGAUCUGCAUAUGCUGGAAAUGACGGUCGUGGUAAACUGGUCGUGGUUGGAUCCGCAUACACGUUUUCGGACGAGUAUAUUGACAAGGACGAGAAUGGGAAACUGUUUGAUGUUUUGAUUCGAUUCCUGACGACAGAUCGAAUCACGUUAAACUCAAUUGAUGCCAGUGAACCAGAAAUAUCAGACUAUCAUUUCACACCUGAUGUUGGGAAACUGGCUGAUUCUUUACGUGAGAGCGACGAUAUACCAAAAGACUUUACGAGCCUUUUUGAUCAUCAACUAUUCAAGUUUGAUUUAGAUCUAUUGCCAAAGGCUCUCAAAGUUUACACUGACUUGGGUCUGAAACAUGAGCCAUUGACACUGAUACCGCCAGAGUUUGAAACACCAUUACCGCCAUUACAUCUAGCACUUCAUUCACCAGAUCUACGAGCUCUGCCACCACCGUCUCUAGAACUAUUUGAUUUGGACGAAGUCUUUGCUGCACCAAGAGCCAGAUUAGCACGAUUGGCCAACAAGUGUGAUGAUGACGAUUUAGAAUACUUUAUUAGAGAAGCAGGGUCUAUAGUUGGUGCUUCUCAACGGCUUGACAAGAAGAGAGAGAGUAAAACCAGUAGUAUUAGUGACGGCGUCGGAAUUACUCGAGUUUCUGCUAAGGAAGUGCUUGCUGAAGUAACACGCUGUCUGAUUAAUUGGAAGGGUGCUGGUGGCGGUUGA